AUGUCGUUUCGAGGAUGCACAAAAGGUGACGUUCCUCUCGCACGGCACAGGGGCUUCAAGCCCGAAGACGGACCCGCCGUUUCUGUGAUGAAACCUGCCGUACUAGGAAGAGGCAGGUCCUGCCCACGACUCUUGGCUUCUGAUCCCUCCCAGCUGAGGGAAGAGGAUCUCCCCAGUGACCUGCAGUCCCUGUCGUGGCUGACGUCCGUUGACGUCCCACGGCUGCAACAGAUGGCCAGCGAAAGAAUGGAUUUCGGCAUGAGCUCCCAAAGUGCAGUACUGCAACAGACGGGUUCCAUGCCAGGGAAUAUGCUCACCACAGGGCCCCCCAGUGCAAUGAUUCACAUCCAGGCCAGUCUGCCCCAAGGGAUUCUGGGACUGAAUACAAUUUCAUCACAUGGGACUAACAUGAGUCGGUACGCAGCCGGUGGUGGGCAGCCGUCUCCCCGCCUGCAGCCCCAGCACCCCCCUCUCUUCUCUCCUCCGUCCUGCACCGCUCAGCAGGUGUUUGCCAUCACGCACAAUCCGCAACAGUGUUCCCCAGCCACACUCUUCAGCACGUCCUACGGAACGCAGCCUCCAUAUUCGCAGCCUCGUCUCGCUCCCCACGCUGCCCAAGAACUGCAUGCCAAGCACUACCCGAAGCCCAUCUACUCCUACAGCUGCCUGAUCGCCAUGGCUCUGAAGAACAGCAAGACCGGCAGCCUCCCCGUCAGCGAGAUCUACAGCUUCAUGAAGGAGCAUUUCCCCUACUUCAAGACGGCACCCGAUGGCUGGAAGAACUCCGUCCGCCACAACCUGUCCCUGAACAAGUGCUUCGAGAAGGUGGAAAACAAGCUGAGUGGGGCCUCCCGCAAGGGCUGCCUGUGGGCGCUCAACCCAGCCAAGAUAGACAAGAUGGAGGAAGAGAUGCAGAAGUGGAAGAGGAAGGACCUGGCUGCUAUUCACCGGAGCAUGGCAAACCCAGAAGAGCUGGACAAACUCAUCACCGACAGGCCCGAUAACUGUAGGAGGCUAAACAAACCGGCAGAGGCGGAAGCCGCCACGCUGAGCCACGCGGCAGCUGCCCAAGGCCGGAUUGGGCAGCUGCAGACCCAGCCAGUCAUGACGCUGUCGCUGCAGGCCGUCCCCCUUCACCACCAAAUCCAGACGCAGGCGUGCAUGACUCCUGAUUCGCCAGCUCCUGCGCAGACCCCGCCUCUCCACACCCUGCGCAACAUCAACCAGAGCCCCCUGCCUCAGCACCUGGUGAGCCGUGCACCAGAUUUCCUCAGUAUGGCGACUGACAUGAGCACAGAAGUAGAUGCGCUAGACCCCAGCAUCAUGGACUUCGCACUUCAUGGUAACAUCUGGGACGAGAUGAAGGACGAGAGCUUCAGCCUGGAGACCUUGGGUGCCUUCAGCAACUCCCCUCUCACGCUCACAGACUGUGACUUUCUCCCGUCCGGACUGACUCCAGUUUCCGGCAGCGGCAGCAGCGACCGCCCCUUCGCAGACUUGCAAGUGACAGGUCUCUACACAACCUAUACAACGCUGGACACGGUCUCCUCGGCCCAGUACAUCAGCACCCAAGGGAACAAGCCAAUUGCCCUGCUCUGA